UCCAAACUGUUGACCUGGCAGGGAAAUGCAAUAAAACCAGAAAAAAUAAAUAACAAAAUUCAAAAGCCAGAUAGAGGCGCGGAGAUUUGCAUUUGCGAACUGAGUUGAUAAAGUUCUGCAAAGAGCAGUGCCGCCGAUUAGUGAACAAAACAUGGCCUGAUUGCAGAGAAGAUGAAGAAGCCGAAUCGUCGAUCAAAGCAAACAAAUGUCUUUGAUUCAUCAUCAUCACAAUCUUCAUCAACCGUUGAUGAUAUAGUGCGUGAGCUGGAACAUGAAAACAGCAUGCUGAAGAGGGAGAUUGAGGAAGUGAGAUACAAACUGGCCAACAUUUCUUCUUCUCCUGAUGCCAUUGUUCAAAAGCUCAACGAGGUGCAUCUUCAAAAGACGACUGCCCUAGAAGAGCAGAAACCCACAAGUGAUGAGGCAGCACAAAAUAUUCAGGAUGAGAUUCAGAGGUUAAGGGCUCAAAAGGUUCAACUUCAGUGCAAGCUCAAGCUAGAGUCUGUUCAGUUCAGGCUGUCUCGGUCUUCAAUGCAGAAGGAAAUUCUUCAGCUGAAGAAAGAGAACAGAAGAAUUAAGUAUGAGAUGCAUCUUCUAUCAGCUAUAAACCAGAGGCAGAAGUUGGUUCUGCAGAGGAAGACUAGAGAAGUUUUCAUGACAACAAAGCGACUAAAAGAGCUAUUAGAAUUUCGAAAGGAUUUGAAAUGCAGAACUGCUGGCGCUAGAGCUGGCAAUCAUUCUCAACAUCAGAGUAUUGACCAAGAGCUUGAUGUGACAGUACAAAUUCAGGAAGUGUGUUCUCAAUAUGAACAAGAAAUGGAAGAGAUGGCUGAGGUAAUUGAGAAACUCAAGUUAGAAGCAGAGACACUGAAGGAUGAAAAUUCUAGGUGCCUGUUGGAGGAGAAUGAAGAUGAACUCAGAGUGAAGGACUCAGAGUUACAAGACCUUAAAGAAGAAGUAGCUAGACUGAGUAGUUUAGUUAGCCAAUUGUCUACACCGAAGGCAGAAGUAAUUCAUCAGAAGUCUCAGGUACAGUCUUCCGCUUCCACUGGAAGUGGUAUUGAUAUAUUGGACACGGACACAUCUCAUUUGGAGUCUUCUGAGGGUGUUAUAGCUCCAAAACCAGUGUCAGGAGUGUGCUGCUCCUGUAGCAAAAAAUCUUUAUGCAAGACCUCCAAAUGUGGAUGCCGUGCUGCUGGAGGCAGUUGUGGAACUUCUUGUGGCUGUGCAGCCUCCAAGUGCAGCAAUAGAGGAGCAGUGAUAAACGAAAUUGAGAAGAGCAGUGUUUUGGCUUCUCAAGAUGCAAUGCUGUUUCAGAAUACCCUUAUUGAGAAACCUUCAGAGAUGAAAGAUGAUUGUGGCCCAAAAAAGCAGGCUCUAAAAGAGAUUGGGAACAUUCCGAUAAAACCAAUUUCUCGAAAAUCUGUACAGAGAAAGAAGGGUAAAAAACCAGUAAUAGAACCUGAUAGCGCAGAUAUGCCUUGUUCACUUUCAGAAAACACUGAGAGUCAAAGAAAGGCGGGGAAAAUUGUGUAGGCCCUAUGAACUUAUGAGAAUCAUGUGCCUGUGAUAUCUAAGAAUCAAUGAAGGAAGCAUUCUGGAUGAAUUUGGUGUACUGGAGGGGACGGCUACCAUGGAGUCUGGCGAGACUGUUGGAUGGUUAGUUAUUCUUGUUCUGUGAAGCCAAAAUCCCUGCAGUUUUUGAGAUGUAUACCGCCACCUUCCUCUGCUAAAAUUUCUGGAGAACCCAACUGAUAUCUCUUAUUAAAUCUUGACAGACGUAAAAUGUGUUUGUGUCAAAUGAGUAUGUUUGAAAUUGCCCUUCAAUUGACGGAGAAAGUUUCACCUGAAA